AUCGCCUUUCAAAAAAUCUUUAUCAAUCUGAACCCUGGCAUCACUCUGUGAACGUAUUUCUGCGUUGUUUGACCAUAUCUUGUGAAUAAUCACGUGUACGCUGCACAGCUUGUGGAGAGUAACAUCGAGACAGGCUACGGAUCAUUUUCCAAAACAACCUAAUCGAACGGACGCGUACGUAGUACCGCUCGGCCAAACGUACAGAACGUAUUAUUGGGACUGUUCAGAAAGGAAUCUACUACAACAACAAAGCAUUUAAAGUAUGUUAUACAAAGAUAAAAUCAGCAUGGGGUAGAAAUAGACAGUGGACACCACCGAACCGUGAAAUAUGUUAUGGCUUUUCACACCGAUAGCCAGAAUUAAAAGGGCUUACCAAUUUGAUAGCUCUUAUAUAUAGAAUCCAGAUAUAAUAUUGCAUUAUUCAUGUGUUGUGGGAGCCGGGCUCAAUCUGUGCUGUGUGAGCUCGUUAGUUCUACAUUAGUCUCCGUGAUACAGUUAACAAACACCUCUUCUUGACCGUGUGAUGGUUAGUUGGUCUUUCUCUGAGCUCGAGGCAGCGUUGACCACAAACAACUAACGCUAGGAACGCCAAAUGUGACGGCAUUGUUCGGAAACUGAAGGAACGACAACAUAGCCUUGAAGUAAAAUCGUUCAAAGACGGACAGCGGAUGAUAAGAAUAACUUCCUAUUCAAGACAAGCAGACAAAGAAAGAACGUUGGACUAUAUCAGUCUGUAUUGUACACACCACAUUUGGAGAUUGACCUGACAGCUUGAUGUGGUAUAAGCCGAUAAGAUCAUAUUGAUUCUGUAAUUACAUAUGCGACAACAUUUUGUAGUGAUACGUAAAUUCAGAGAUUUAUCAGUGUUAUUUCCCAUUGAGAUUAGUUGACUGGAAUAGCUUGUGAAAUUGUUGAUAAUCAGAAUUCUUUACGUACAUUUCCGUACCUGCUGCAAAGUUAUGCAUAAAGCUUGUUGGGUUCAAUACGUACAAAGGAAUGCCGAAAGUCUUUAUGUAAAGUGCACGUGUGUGACCCUACUAUAUACGGUUUCGUUGACAGAAGAGUUCUAAUGAGUAUGUAUGGUGGCACUGAGACAGAAUCAUAGCUUUACACGGUAUGUUUUGUUCUAAUACAUGUACCUGCUAAACCAGACUAUACCUUUAAUAGACGACCACAGAGGACUGUGUUAUACCUUUGAACAAAAGCACGUGCUAUGCAUGUGCAUAAUGAACAACUCAAACUUGUCGGUACAUCACUGUCAUGUUGUUAAACUCGAUGUGCAUCAAAACAUGAAGGAGUUGUCCAAUUCAAAGACAAAGUGAUGAUCCUAUUUAUAUGGAAAUUAAGUGUUCUUCCGUUAAGCCUCUACAUCAAAGCACGUGCUAUGCAUGUGAUACGAGCUGAAUAAACAGGUUGUGAAUAUUGGAGAGAAACGGUCGUAAAUCGUGUAAAAGGAUUUACGGAUUAGUGAUUAUUACAUUCGACCUGCUACCAUUUACCAUCUCAUUGCGAGUUAAAACCAUCUAAGCUUCGUGAUAUGGUUUGGCGUAAUGAUUUUGAACAUUCCGAUGGUUCUCGCCAUUGCUAUAUAUUGGUGCCAUUGGGAGCCCGUGAACCAGUGCUAUUGAUAUAAUUGCACAUAUAGCUAUUACGUCAUCAACAGGUAAGGUACGGUGCGUGUCAACCCCAAAUUCCGUCUGCUCCAUUUCGAAAAUUGUCAAGUCAAAUAUACAUACAGUGUAACUAUGUAGCUGUCGAUAGAGCUGCCACAGCAAGAGAGAUAUUCCGUUAUCCUUGUUACAGUACAAAACUUUAACUUUUGCGACAGUGUUAUGUCAGUUUACAUGGAUCUUUAAUAUAACCGUCAUGGACGAUCAUUGUGGCUGGUGGAAGGUGUUAAUAGACAUUAUUUGUGGGUGCAGUACUAACUACUGACCAUGAUGAAAGUGUGGAUUUCGCGCUCAUUAUCCUUUCUACUGCUUCUGACAGAUUGUGUGUGGUCACUGAAGUGCUGGCACUGUAUAGCCGAUGAUUGUGACAAGGACCCAGGUGGGAACUACAAGGCGGAAGAGAGGAGUUGUGAAGUCGGUCAACACUGUCAGAAAAUCUUCUUCGAAAUGUAUAGCACAACUGAUAACCGGAAGUACAAGUCUACGGUUCGUGGAUGCGCAUGGGACUGCCUGAAUAAAAACGAUUUCAUUAACUGCACACGUGACAUGUUUUCGUCACGUGGUUGUAUUGAGAAAUCGUGUUGUACUGAUAAAGACUUAUGUAACGCUGCUGUUUCGCUUACGGAAAAUGUUAAUACUCGGAUUAGUUUUAUUGUGAUAUUUUCAGUAUUGUUUAAUCUUCUCAUCAACAGAUGACGCAUAUCGAUGUUUUACACAGUUGGUAUUUAUAACGCUUUGCUUAAUAAAGUAUU